AUGAAUUUUCCAACACUAACAAAGAUAAGUAAAUUUAAGUAUGGAAAUUAUGAAAUGAAACCUUCCUAUAAAACCAAUCUUAAGAGUGGAGAUGGUGUAUUAAGUGUGUGUUAUAGAUGUUUAAGUCAAUUUAUAACAGAAAAGUCACUUGAAUUACACUUAGAAGAAUGUAAGACAGUUCCAUUUAAAUCAAUUUAUGAAGAAAAUGAUUCUCUUAAAAUAUCAAGAAUAACUAGUUUGAAUUUAAGACAGUUACUUUCUCAAUUAGGAGAAAUGUUUAUAAAAACUAAAACAGUAUCAGUAGAUAUUGAGAGAUAUGAAUUUUAUGUUUUAAUUAGUGAUGAGAGAAUAGUUGGUUAUUUUUCUAGACACAUGGAAUUUGAUGCAUCCUUGUCGUGUAUUUUGGUAUUUCCAUGCUUUCAACGACAGGGUUUUGGAACUUUUUUAAUUGACUUUUCACAAGCACCCAUUUUUAAAUCAAAAGUCAUUAAAACUACUGAUCAGAUACUAGAAGAAUCUAGGAAGAAAAUUCAUAUUAAUGAUGAUGAAUUGAAUGAUAAACUAGAGUGUCCUAAUGGACCCGAAAGACCUUUAAGUAAAGCAGCAAUAUUUUUAUAUAGAAAAUACUGGAAAUAUAAAGUAAUAGGAGCUAAAACAGUAAAAGAUAUUGCUUUAAGAAGAAAUAUAAGUAUAGAAGAUGCUAUAAUAGGAUUAGAAUUAAUAGGAUUUGAUUUUAAAGAGUGGAAAAUGAAGAAUGAAAAAAUUGAUGUAGAAAAACCAAGAUUGUUAAAAAAUCAAGUUGUUUUAUGUAAAAAAAAAUUAUAA